CAGUUAACUUCAUGCUUUUGUAGUGUGGUAUGAUUUUUAGAAUUCGUAAAUUAAUGUAAAUCGUUUUAAAAUUGUCUUUAUUUUUAUUUUAAAGCGUAGUUUUAUACACGAGCUUAAUUCGCUAAGAUGUCAGAGAGCACUAGCCCUAGUGUUAUAAGUUACCUGAGGCAGUAUAGGUUUCAAAAGAAAGCUACAGCUGGCUCCUCCGUUCCCGUUACGGUAACCUCGGCUCCUUCGAGUUCUCAAUCAAUGAUAAGGUUGCCUACGCCUGUAGCCUUCAACAAACAUGUGCCAGUGGUGUAUAAGAGAAUCAGAAUACAGGAUUCAGACUCUGACGAUGGACCAUCACCGGCUAAGAAGCCUGUUAUCGUGACCUCCGCUAUACCCGACCGUCCAGCCUUGCCUAAUCCCACUGUGGAACUUACACAAGCUGUCAAAGAAAGAAGAUUCCGGAACAUGGUGCAGAUGUUUCCUGAAGUUGCUCCUCUGCUCGUAAAAACCACCUUAUCCAAGCAUGGUUGGAACGAAGAGAGAUGUAGAGAUGAGCUCCUCAAGUAUGACCCCGAGAGUGAUGUCCGACCCUCGGGCAGUUACCACCGUCCGAGCAACUCAGGACAAACAUCACAGUCGAAUGGAGCUAACAUAAUGCGGGUGACAAGCGGAAGCACCACAAUACCUAGACCCCUGGCAUCUAAAGGCGGCAGGGCAAGACGAGGUAGCAGCGGCAGUGAGGAUGAUGAUUACGGGGUUAGGAAAGGAAAGGAUGACCUAGUUUAUGACAGUGACUCAGACAAUGAGGUGACAGAUGACCUGGUUGGUGACAAGAAGAAGGUGUUUGAGUUCCUCAACACCAGCACCAUGAAUGAGCUGUCGCUGCUGAGCGGGUGCUCGCAGAAGAAGGCCGAGGCCAUUAUAGCACAGCGACCCUUUAAGGGUUGGGUUGAUAUGGUUGAGAAGUUCAAUAGCAAUAAGAUGUUAAGUACGGACCUGUUGAACGCUACACAAGAGCUGCUGUCCACGAGGAACAACAUACAGCGGCUGAUGAAGAAGUGUGUGGGGCUGGCCACGCAGCUGGAGUGUGCCGUGGCGGCCGGCGCCGGGAGACUCAAGCAGCCCGCUAUAUUGCACUCCAGUUUGACGUUAGCUCCUUACCAGCUAGUCGGUUUGAACUGGCUGGCCGUGCUGCACAAGCAGGGUGUCUCCGGCAUCCUGGCCGAUGAGAUGGGUCUGGGCAAGACAGUGCAGGUGAUAGCGUUCCUUGCUCACCUGAAGGAGACGGGGCAGGCUAAAGGCACACAUCUGGUGGUCGUGCCCGCUUCUACUUUAGACAACUGGAGCACAGAGUUCGAGCGCUGGUGCCCGUCGAUGCGUGUGAGCAAGUACUACGGCCCGCCCGAGGAGCGCCGCCAGCUGCGCAUCGAGUACGCCAAGGGACUGAGUCAGAUCGACAUCGUGCUCACCACUUACACUAUGGUGAGCAGCUGCCCGGAGGAGCGCAAGAUGUUCCGCAUUACGCCGAUGCACUACGUGGUGUACGACGAGGCCCACAUGCUCAAGAACAUGUCCACGCAGCGGUACGACAACUUACUCAAGAUAAAGUCCAAACACCGUCUGCUGCUGACGGGCACGCCGCUGCAGAACAACCUGCUGGAGCUGAUGUCGCUGCUGUGCUUCGUGAUGCCGCACAUGUUCUCCGGCAAGACCGACGACCUCAAGAACCUCUUCCAGAAGAAUGCUAAAGUGAAAACAACAAAGAAAGUGAACGGCAACACGGAGGAUGAUAUACCAGCAUUCGAACAGAGUCAGAUCACUCAAGCCAAGAGGAUCAUGAAGCCGUUUGUGCUCCGGAGACUGAAGAGGGACGUGCUGCAGGACCUGCCCAAGAAGACCAACCACACCGAGCUGUGCCCCAUGUCGGAGAGACAGCAGACCCUGUAUAAGGAACUCAUUGCUGGGUUCGCCGCUAAAGAUGGCACUAUACACUCAACCCUGGAGAAGAGCGGCAUAUCCAUGAUGAUGGACAUGCGGAAGCUGGCCAACCACCCGCUGCUGGUGCGCACCUACUACACCAUGGACAUGCUGCGCAAGAUGGCGGACCGCCUCGCCCGAGACGCCGGAUACAAGGAGAAGAACUCGGAGUACGUGUUCGAGGACCUGCUCUGCAUGUCUGACUUCCAGAUACAUCAGCUGACACAGCAGUACCAUUGCAUCAGCAACUUCAAAGUGCCCGACCAUCUCAUCCUGGACUCUGGCAAGUUCCUGAAGCUCGACAGCAUGCUGCCGGCGCUGCAGGCGGGCGGGCACCGCGUGCUGGUGUUCAGCCAGUUCACCAUGAUGCUGGACGUGCUCGAGCCCUACCUCCGCCUGCGCGGGUACAGAUAUCUCCGGCUGGACGGCAGCACCGCCGUUAAUGAGAGACAAGAUCUGAUAAACCAGUACAACGCGGAGGAGAUAUUCGUGUUCCUGCUGUCGACGAAGGCGGGCGGGCUCGGCAUCAACCUCACCGCCGCCGACACCGUCAUCAUACACGACAUCGACUUCAACCCCUACAACGACAAGCAGGCCGAGGACAGAUGUCACCGCAUGGGCCAGACGCGGCCGGUGACGAUCUACCGGCUUCUGAGCGCGGGCACCAUCGAGGAGGGCAUCUACCAGGUGGCGCAGGAGAAACUCAACCUCGAGAAACACGUCACCGGCGCUGACGAAAAAGAUCCUCAGGAACAGAAGAAUGUUGUUCGACUCCUGUCUGCGGCUCUCGGCCUCACCUCGCCCAACAAAUGAUUGUUGGCCUCCGACACCAUUGUCAUCGACUAGUGAAGUGAAGCGAAACAAAGUGACUAGUGGACGAAGUGAAGUGACACAGUGAAAUAAAACAUGUAGUAUAAUUACCAUCAAAUGAUAUUGGAUGUUUUACCAUCUCAAAGAUAUUUAUUAGCGCUAUCUGCAGUGCCGAAUGUGCAACCUAAAAGUUAUUUACUUUUUAUUUAGUUCAUUUUAAUUUAGUUAAUAAUUUACUUUCAUAGUUUUGAUGUAUUACAAACUGCUGAACCAAUUAAGAUGAUUUUUUAAAGGAUGACGUGUCGAAGAUUACUACUUAAUUGAACAAUUGAUUAAAAUCCCUUGUGUAUUUUGAGCUCGGGGCAAUAGAACUAGGGAACAAUAUAGAUUAUUGAUAUUUUUAAGUAUUUUCAGUUAAAAAAAAGCCUUUAAAAGCUAUAUGAGCUACUCUGGCGCGAGCUUAUACCCAAUUAUCUUCUUAUUACAUGUAUGUUAAUAUUAAAUAAUAAGUCAUUAUUACUCCCACCUAAACUUCCAUUCCUUAACCGAAAGAAGCAAGCCAUUGCAAUAUUUAUUUGAAAUAGUAAUAAUGAUAACGGGUGAUAUAUUUGUAAACAAUAGUGUCGAGUACUAAAAUAGUUAGUAGGAUAGCCUUAGAAUAUAAUAAUCCUUUUUUCAUAACGAACUGGAUUGAAGAUGAAAAAAAAGAGAAUGAUUUGGCAAUAUUUUUUAAAUCAAUAAUUGGCUUUAGAUCUACGUAAGUACUAAGUACCUUUUUUUGCUAUAAUUGUUGUUUUAAUAAUAUUAUUCUACUGACUUAAUUAUCCAGGUGUAAAUAAUUAACUGUUUGUACGUAAAAAAAUCAUAGUGAAAAUAUUCUCUGGAAGAAUUUAAGUACGAAAAAGUUUUGCCUCUUAAAGUAUGUCAUUGAAUAAUUUUUGUUUAUUCUGAUUACUGAUAAAAAGAUAUUGUAUACAAAUGGACAGACAACAGGCCAAAGUAAUGGCUAUUUGUAUGUAGACAGGACGAAAAGUUUGUAUUACUUACGUACGCUAAUAUAGAUGGCGCUGGUGACGCAAAUAUAGACAUUUGAUAGAUAUAUUUAAGACAAUGAAAGAGAGAGAAGUCAAAUGUAUACAGUAUGAAACUCAGAGAGAACUGUUUCCCUCGAGUGAAGUAUGCUAGAGUUUCUUAAGAAUUUUAAGCACUUUUGUGGGAAAACCUUUUUUUCAUCCUUUUUAACCUAACGGUCAGAAUAUUUGUAGACCAGAUAACUGAUUACGUCUACAGAUAUUUUGACCUACUUUUGUAUUGGUUUCAUGCUGCACUGCCAAAUAUGAACAUCAUUGUAUGAAAAACAAACUGAAUUAUAUAACUGAAAUGUUUGAACCUCAAAUACCGAUAAUAAUAUUUAAAUUUUGCACUACGAUUCGACUUGUAAUUACUUGUGUACGGUAAAUAAAGCUUCAAUAAAAGGAUAUCUUUAUAUAAGA